AUAUCGAUGCUGUGACGUCAUGAUCAUAUGCGGAAACGUCAUUUCCUAGAUUCUGGCAGGAAAUGGACAGACACUUGUUAAAAAUGUAAAUAUUGAUACAUUUGAAUGUUGUGUGAAAAAGCAUUAUUGUGAAAUGAUGCUUUAUUUGUAAUAGACAUCUUUCUGUUUGCAUGUCAAGAUGAACACCAAUGGCACAAGUGUGCCUGUCUCGGACGUGACUACUCCUAUACCUGUUACAACAAAUAUCCCUGGUAACCAUAGCUCCAUGACAACAGUUCUACCAGAUAAUGUGACAGGGAAUGCAUCGUACAUCCAGCCCCUGAUCUUCCUCCAGACCAGGGCAGCCCAGGGGAUUGGAGGUGUAUGUGCCUUCUUGGCCCUCCUUAUUACUGUUCAUCAGAUCUACCUACACCUGAGAUACUACACCUGCCCUAACGAGCAGCGAUGGAUAGUAAGGAUUCUAUUCAUCGUCCCAAUCUACUCCUUCGAUUCCUUCCUGAGUCUCAUGUUUUUCAACAAUGACAAUUACUAUGUGUACUUUGACAGUAUCCGAGAUUGCUAUGAAGCUUUUGUGAUCUACAGUUUCCUGAGUCUGUGUUAUGAAUACCUUGGUGGUGAGAGCUCUAUUAUGUCAGAAAUCAGAGGCAAGCCAAUCAAAUCCAGCUGGAUUUGGUGUACCUGUUGCCUUUCUGGUAGGCAGUAUACCAUAGGGUUCCUCAGAUUCUGUAAACAGGCUACCCUUCAAUUCUGCAUUGUGAAGCCUGUGAUGGCGGUCAUCACCCUGGUACUUCAGGCCUUCAGCUUGUACAAAGAUGGCAACUUCUCACCGAGUUCUGGCUACCUGUACAUCAUGCUUAUCUACAACUUGUCCAUCAGUCUGGCUCUGUAUGCCCUUUUCCUGUUCUACUUUGCCACAAGAGAGUUGCUGAGUCCUUACGACCCAAUCUGGAAAUUCUUCACAGUCAAGUCCGUUAUCUUUUUAUCAUUCUGGCAAGGGGUUGUGCUGGCUAUUCUAGAGAAAGGUGGUGCAAUCAGUCCCAUAUACUCAGAGGAUGGUAUAAUGAGGCAAGGAAUGGGUACAGUAUCUGCUGGCUAUCAGAACUUCUUCAUCUGUAUCGAGAUGGUGUUUGCAGCUUUAGCACUAAGAUUUGCAUUCCCCCACUCCAUUUACAGUUCGGGGCCCAGUUCUACUGCUGGUCGUACUGUAUCACUACAAAGUAUCUCCAGCAGUCUAAAGGAAACCAUGAACCCACGCGACAUCAUGCAGGAUGCCAUACACAACUUUCAUCCCCAGUACCAGCAAUACACACAGCAGGGAAUGAAGAUACCCCAGGAGGAGGAAGCAGCGGACGGCUGGCCGUACGACCAGUAUCAAAACCGGCCAGUACAGAACGGCAAUGGUCCUUCCUCUGUGGCGGCUAAUACACUGAACACAAACCCUGCACCAACACGCAAUCAACCUAGACAACCAACUCAGCCGGCGAAACAAUGGAUCGACAAUAACACCUCACCGAAGGUUCAAUGAGAAGACAACUCUAUUAAGUUCCGAUGAUGAAUUCCAGUGAUGAGUCCUUUAAUCGACAACUGUUAUUCAGUUAAUGAGAACGAUUGUUUGAUAAGUUUGGUAUAUUCCAUGUGUGUAGAGCUGGAAAAGUCUGUUGAGUAAGAAUGUUGGGUCUAACUGCACACCUUAUAGCUGCUGUAGUGUCACUCUGCCACAUUUCAGGUCGUUAUUGACCUAGACAAGGACAUCAAGGAGUUCAGUUUGAUAAUUUAGCAAAGAAUAGCAAGCUCUCCCCUAUCUAUAUUCAUAGGAAACUUAAGAGAUCCUUUCACCUCCUUUGGUAGAAAAGAAUGGGAGGAGAUGGGCAAGUCUUCACCCUAGGGCUAAGAUUAUUAAAGUCUUUAAACUUAUAUGCUUUAGCGGUCACCUAAUUCUUGCCCUUUGCAUACUUUAAGAUAUUGAACUAAAUUAUGAUUGUGCUAUUUGAAAUUUUUUUUUAUAUCAUUUUCAUAUAUUAUUGGUAGGCAAAUUUAUCAACAUGCUAAUAUUUUAAAAUUUGAUAUCUGAUAUUUGAUUUAAUUGUGCUGAAAUCUGGUUGUGUUAUGUUUACAGUAAACAGUCAUCACACGCGACUUGCCAAGAGUUUAGUUGAUAUUCAUUUAUCAGUUUCCUUCAUCUACAGAGGCAAAAGAUUCCAUUUCUCUUACACCUACAGUAGAUAGCUUUUAAACUGCUAAAAAGCACAUUUCAUCAUGAUUAAUUAGAUAAGUCCUAUUAUCAUAGUCAGGUGAUUGGCACCUUUUUUCAAAGAGCAGUGAUUUUAAACAUCAUUCCAGGCAAAAUACUUGGGUUUAAGAGUGAAUUGUCUAUAUUAAAGUAGGUUUCAGGUAUAUGGGUUGGUAUAGUGUGAGAGUAUAAUUUUAGAUCAUAUCUCUGUUCAAGUUCCAACCAAAAAUGUUUAAUGCAUCCUUUAGAUCAACUGACAAUUAUUUCAAUUGUCUACUGAGGAUUGAUUCAAUUGUCUACCAAUGAUCGAUUCAGUUGUCGGCCAAUGAUUGAUUCAAUUGUCUACCAAUGAUCGAUUCAAUUGUCUGCGAAUGGUCGAUUCAAUUGUCUACUGAGGAUUGAUUCAAUUGUCUACUGAGGAUUGAUUUAAUUGUCUACUGACAAUUGAUCAUAUUGUUUACUGACGAAUGAUUUAAUUGUCUACUGACAACUGAUUCAGUCGUCUACUGACGAUUGAUUUAAUUGUCUACUGACAACUAAUUCAGUUGUCUACUGACGAUUGAUUUAAUUGUCUACUGACAACUGAUUCAGUCGUCUACUGACGAAUGAUUUAAUUGUCUACUGACAACUGAUUCAGUUGUCUACUGAGGAUUGAUUUAAUUGCCUACUGACAACUGAUUCAGUUGUCUACUGAGGAUUGAUUUAAUUGUCUACUGACAACUGAUUCAGUCGUCUACUGAGGAUUGAUUUAAUUGUCUACUGACAACUGAUUCAGUCGUCUACUGAGGAUUGAUUUAAUUGUCUACUGAUGGACACCAAAUCCUGGUCAUGUUUCCUGACCAUUAUUACAACAAAAUUGACACUGACAGUAAACUCUACUCAAGGAUAUGGAAUAUUGAGUCAGAAUCUCUUAUGUAAUCGGGCACCUUGGUGUAUGUUUGGCUGUUUGGCUGUUUGAGUUUCCACAUCUUAACUUGGAAUAUAGUUCCCAUGUCUUAACUGGGAAUUACCCAAAAAUGUUAUAUUAAAUGCAUCAUUAUUAAUGUUAUAAUAGAAAUUUUGGAUGUUCAAAUUAACCAAGAACAGAACAGGGGAAAUAAGGUAUACUAUUGAAAUACUAUUGCAUGAGAUGUUUUUGUGUAUAAAAGUUCUAGUUUUUGAUGUUGCUAAGAAAACUAAAAAAAUAAAUGUACAUAUAUGUACCAGUAUGAGUUGAAAUGCUGGACUGUUUAAUUGGGGUACACGCAAAAGUUUAUACCACAAAGUUAUACUAAAAAUUAGAGCAAUAUUAAAACGGUAAGUUGGUAUUAUUAUUUUUAUUCAUUUAAUUUUUUUUCGUAGGCAAUAUCAGUUGCCCACAUUGUGGUGGUGGAUAACAAUGAUCAAAUAACUUUGUGGUUCAGAAUGUCUUCACGCUUACAAAACGUUUUGGAUUCACAUAGUUUGUAUUUUAUGCACUUCCAAGAAUUCUGGAAGAUAUAGUUUACAGACAGGAGGUGACAUGAAACAUGACAUGCACAGACCGGAAAAUGAGAAAGUUCUUUCUGUUGAUAUUGAGAAUUAUAUAAAUAUUGAGGUUUAUUGAAUAUCAGUUAUUUCAGAUUAUGAAAUAGAGAAAGCACCUUAUCAUAUUAUGCUUUAGAAAUCUCAGUGACUUAUCUUGAAAUUGUACUGUACAUAAAUGCCUGGUAAGAUUGAAGGUUUUCAUAUGCUCUUUUUGUGUCUCCUGUUGAUUUGUGAUCAGUGCUAAUUAAUGGUAUAAAGGACAUGCUUCAGAAUCUCGUAUUCAAUUAUCAAUUAUAUGUCUUAAGCUUUAAAAUGUGUAUUUUCUGUUUAGUUUGUGAGAAAGAAUACUGCCAUCAAAUACUAGACUUAAUGUCCCUGGCAUUGUUUGGGCUUACUUCCGAAAGUCUUUUACUGCCCUCCGCAAAAUUUUACAAAAUUGUAAACACAUUUGAAGUUUAUAUUGACAACUUUUACCAUUGGUGAUAAUUGAUUGGCAAAUUUUUCUGAAAUAAAAUACUAAGUCGAAACAGUAUUUUAUUCAAUAAUGAUAAACCACGUUAUAAUUACAUAAAUUUUCUUUACGAUAGCAAAAUAAGUUAAGGGCUUAUAUCAGGCACAUAUUUAUAGAUAAUUUAAAAUUGUUCAGUUCAGUUCAUAAAAAAAGAUAUUAUAUAAUAGCGCUAUCAUAAUUGUAUAAGAAUAAAAAAGAACAAAGGUUAAAAUUAAGUGUGCUAAUUUUGUUGAGAAAACUACAUCGGCUGCCUUUUCCUCCGACAAAGAGAGGUGUCAUGGUGAUUCUGUAUUCUACAUCCCAACAACAUGUAUACAUUAAUAUUUGAGGUGCAUAAAUGCUGGUUGUGAUACUAGUAUAAUUGAGAGAGGGGAAAGUCUGAGCUUUAAUGAGAAUUUUGUUCUUCUGGCUUUAAUAUUCGAGUGUGUAAUUGUUCUGAUUUGUCAUGUGUUUGACCUAUCACAGUGUCAGCUAUACCGAACAACUCCGAUGAUUGUCAGGUAUACAUUUUUAUACAGUAUAUAAAAUGUUUUUACAUACACUGGUAUUUAUUGUACUGAUCACAAUUUUUUACAAUAAUUUAUUUUGGUUUUAUACAAGCUUUUGUGAAUUGAGGACCAAUUAUUACAGAAAAUUCUUCAUAAUUUCUUCUCCAGGUCAAAUUAACGAUUGAUGAUUUUGUGAUUUAAGGAUGUAGCUUUUGAUAUGUAAUAGUAUCACACUACAAGAUCUUGUUUAAUGUGAAAUAUUUAUAUAAUUAUAUGAAAACUGUGAAUGUGUUGUGAUUACCUAAGUGUGCUAUUAGAAAGAAUCCAAUUUUAAAAGUAAAAUGUAAUAAGAUGUUCAAUAAACUUUUUUUUUUUUACAUCAUUGCAUGCACCCAAGGUAGGAUACUACAUGGAAUUUAAAAGGCGAGAUUAAAGUGAGGUAUAUAUUAAAACAGGGAGUUAGAUAUAACUUGAUUUAAAAAGAUAGAUUUGCUCUUUGAACAAUAAGCAAGUUACAUAAAGUGAAUUAAAUAUUGAAAUACUGUUAUACAUUUUUAGACAGUAACAAGAUUUGGUUUGCAAGAUGUGUCUGGAUGUUGUAUGAAACAGUGUAUUGAGUGCCAGGUAAUUCAUUGUAUUAUGUAUGUGUGUAUUGAAGACUUGUGUCACUCGAAAACAUCAUCAGAACAAUCACAUUUAUGUUAAUAUUGUAAAUAUAAAUCAUUUGUUGUACAUAUCAUUUAUUUAAAACAGAAAUUUUAUGAAAUGUAGUAAGAGGAUGUGAUGUAGAUUCAGUAUAAUUAGUUUGAUAGGUAAAGCUUUGCUUGUCUUCUGUUGGUUUUGGAAAUAUAUCAAUGAAGUCUAAAUGCCAAAACCGUUGUUCAAAACUUCAGCUCUGUUCAGUAUGAUAACACAGUUUAUUACAUUUUUACCAGUGAAAUAUAUCGAAAAUCAUUCAUUCUAUAAAACACUGCUCAGAACACUGCUUACAAAUGACAAUGAUAUAUAUGUACCAGCAUAUAGCUCUCCGUCAUAAUGCAAGAUUGAAUACAUAAUAUCACAAUUUUGUGUACAUUUGGGAGCAGUUGACAGUAUUGAAAUAAAUUCUGGGAGAGAUUGAGCUGCCUCAGUAUAUUUUGCUCUAAAAUGUAAUAACUGGAAUAUCUAACAGUGUCAGUAUCUUCAGUAAUACCAUAUAUUUCAUGAUUGGGGUUAAUAUUUUGAUUUCACGAGUGCGUAUCACUCGUGUGGCUAAUAUUUUGGUAUUACUGAAGACACUGUUAGAUAUCAUCUAUAUAUGUUCACCUGUUCAUUUAUUUCCUUGUUCAAUGCCCCAUGAACAGCAGGGGUCAUUUUGAAGUGUAGUGUCCUAGUAGAUGCUGGUGGCUGCAUGGUAGUAGCUGGUAGCUACCUCACUGAACAACAUACAGGAGGUUUGUGGCAUGCUAUCCAGAGCUAUUGGUUGAAGUUUCUCGGCUUCUAUUAGAAACACACACCACCCUGGGUACAGAUCAAACACUCACAUCGGCCAUUCAUCUGAGGUAACAUUGCCCUAGUCAGUAGAGGUUAUGUGAAUCUGUACACCAGGGCAAUCUUGGCGGGAUAUCGUGUGAUUAUAUGUAACACCAGGGGUCGUUCAGAUUUUAAUGUAAUAUUUCAGGCAUAGAUCUUGACUGACCUGCAGAUUUUAGUAUAGGCAUUAAAAGUCUUCAUCAAAGAUAAAACAACAUACUGGGUAAAAUCACUAAGUUAUCCUUAUUUCAUAAGUGAACAUUACUCUGGUCCCACAGGUCCUACCAGUAAAUGAAAAAUGCCCAGUAUAUUAUAAGAAUACUAACAAGAAAACUAUAAAUUUAAAGUAAUUCAAAGUAAUAGCUUUCCUACCAACAGAAAAGAGUUGAUGUUCUACUUAAUUUUGCUUCCAGUCACAUAUCAUAUAUUCAGUCUGGUACAAUCGGUUAUGAAAAAAAGUGUCCCAUAUCAUUAAUCAAGCUAACAAGUUUUUAAAAAACAAAGCAUUGUCAGUUUACCAUAAUAUCACAUGUGUUGUAAAUCAGUGUGGGAAAAACGCAUGUUGGAGCUGCUUUUGACAGAAUAUUAGCAGGUUCUUUGUAGCGCUAACAAAGAUGGUUUGCUAAAUAGAAUGUUUUAUUGUAGUGAUAGAAAUAUUUUUGAUAUUGUUAUAUUGUCUGUUGUGGAUUUGUGAUAAUGUAAUUCUCUUAGUAUAUGGAUAUACGCAGAUGUCUUUGUGUUGAAACAUUGUAGGAUAAAGUAUAUGUGUUAAUUAGCUGGGUUAUUCGCUAAUCACUCCUGAUUUCAACUAGAUUAGAGCAAUACCUAAUAAUAUAGACAACUGUUUGUAGUUAUUGGAAUGUUUUUGUGAGGAUUCCUCUUCAGAAGUUAGGGAAACGGGUCUACCGGCUAAUCAAAGCUAAAUAUUUAAAUAGGGUUUUCUGAGAUAUGUAUGGAUAUGAACGAUGGGAUUAAUAUAAUUGUAAAUUUCUGCUUCUCAAGUCAAGUUUUUUUUCUGUCAUAACAAUAUUUGCAACAUCUAGAUAUGUAAAAGUAGCAUGACUAUGCUUAAUUUGCUCUUUUUUCUUUCUUUUUUUUGUUCCUUGUGCAGUUUGGAGUUAGCAUCCUGGACCUAGUUUAUAUCUAUUUCAGCAUUUCCAUUCAAAAUGUCUCGGUGGUUUAUAGAUCAAUUUAUAAAACACAUUGUUGAAAUCAUAGGAUAAAUAUUUACUUUUGUUUCUGUUUGAAGUAUAAUGGUGGUAUACAGGUAAAUACCACACUAUACACGACUAUUUGCGGUACAGUUAUCUAUUUUAACCUUGUUGAAAUAUAAUGAAAUCUUAUUGCCAUUAUUUGGGGCCAUUCAUAAUAAAAUUCAGGUUUUGACACAUGUAUGCAUGUUUCCUUUUUUACCAAAAUGUGUUAUAUCACAUUCCAGUGACAAUAAAAGAUAUGAAUUUAGACAUAACAAUCUACCUUCCCCGUUUCUAAAACUUAGUACCAUCAUCAAGGUAAGGGGAAAUCACUCUGGAAUCGGAAGUUCAUGUGAAAUUAUCAUACUACAUGUAGUUAGAUUGAACAGCUCCUCUUUAGUCGGCCUUUUCAGCCCAUCAGCAUUGUGAGAGUUUGUUGUCUGGAGUGUCAUGUAUAAACAUCAUAUAUAUGUGGCGAGGGUUUCAACUUCUAUCACACUGCUGUUCAGAACUAAUUCUAGUCUCAAUGUUCCUGUUCAUCUAUUUUCAUCGCGAUUCAUAUAGUAAUCAUUCUAUUUAGUUAUAACCAUAACCCCCUUAUAGCAUGUUCAUCAUUUCUAAUGAAUAAUAUGAACACAUAGUUUUGCUGCUUUUGGGAAGAGUUCACAUAUGGUUUUCAUUAUUGUUUAAGGAUUUUUUAUCACCAUUUAUUCUCACUGAUGUUUUCUUUCUUUCUUUUUUUGUUAAUGAUUACGGAUUUUUCAGCCUAUAUUGGUGAAAUUAAUGUUGAUUAUAUUUAGCUCGUUAAUUUGCUUUGUUAUUAUUUACAGCAGUAACCGUCUACAUCAGUAAAAUGUAUAUUUUAUUAGCUGCUCCCUUUUUAAAAAAUGUUAGCGAUGUUAUAUUAAAGUCAUGGUUUAACAAAAAUACAAUUGAUACAAUGUUUACUGUCACAAAAUGAUGUACAAAUACAAGCAUUGUUGCACAGGUAUAAUGUUUGUGAGGUCGGAAUAAAGUACAAUGACAUUGUCUCGAAUGUACUGGACACUUGAUCGUGUGAUUGUCAUUAUCUUUGUGCCAAUGUUGUAUUAAAAUGCACUAGUAUAUGUAACCAUUAAAUAUUAAAUGACUAUUGUACAGUUAA